UCCUUAUCUCUUCAUCUCUCUCUCCAUCUGCCAAAAAAGACCUAAUUUCCCUUUAUUGACCUUCCACACCUCUUUUGGCGUACCCAUUGCACACCAAGGUGCAAUUGCUAGUUAAGCUUGUGUAGGUAUAGCCCUAGUUUUAGUACUAGUUAUUGGGGUUUAGGGGUUAUGGUGAAUGUAACCCCCAUCACUUACGUAUAGUGGUUGUUUACAUGCUCUCGGAAGGCUGAGCUUAACGGGCGCAGACCAUGGCUCGGGGAAGCGCCGCUCGUCUUCUGGCUCCGGCUCGAGCCCUGUUCUCUAAGCACUACGGUCCAGAGCUUCCUACGCCAUUUUUGGGUGGACUAAGGCAUUUUGCAGGGCUUGCUCGGCCUAAAGAAGAGAAAGAAGGAUGGAGGGACAUAAUGGAAAAAAUCCGCAACAUUGGAAUUUCGGCUCACAUAGAUUCCGGGAAAACAACAUUGACCGAAAGAAUUCUGUUCUAUACGGGAAGGAUUCACGAGAUCCAUGAGGUCCGUGGAAAAGAUGGCGUGGGCGCUAAGAUGGACUCCAUGGAUUUGGAGCGCGAAAAAGGAAUUACCAUUCAAUCUGCUGCCACUUACUGCACUUGGGACGGACAUCAGGUUAAUAUUAUUGAUACACCUGGUCAUGUUGAUUUCACUAUUGAAGUGGAGCGGGCAUUACGUGUUUUGGAUGGUGCCAUUCUAGUCCUUUGCAGUGUUGGUGGGGUGCAAAGCCAGUCUAUUACUGUUGAUCGUCAGAUGCGGAGGUACGAGGUUCCUAGGCUAAUAUUUAUUAACAAGUUGGAUCGUAUGGGGGCUGACCCGUGGAAGGUUCUUGAACAGGCAAGACAUAAGUUGGGGCAUAAUUGUGCUGCUGUGCAAAUCCCAAUUGGAUUGGAGGGGGAGCUUCGGGGCCUUGUUGAUCUUGUACAAUACAAAGCAUUUUAUUUUGAUGGUGUUCAUGGGGAGAAAAUCAUUCCAGAUGAAAUACCAUUGAAUCUUGCUAGCUUUGCUACAGAAAAAAGACGAGAGCUUAUAGAAGUAGUUUCAGAGGUUGAUGACAUACUUGCUGAAACAUUCCUUAAUGAUGAACCUAUAACUUCCGAUGAUCUCGAGAUGGCUAUUAGAAGGGCUACGAUAUCUCUCAAGUUCAUUCCUGUGUUCAUGGGAAGUGCAUUCAAAAACAAGGGUGUGCAACUCUUGCUGGAUGGUGUUGUUAAUUAUUUGCCUUGCCCAAUAGAGGUUACAAAUCAUGCAUUGGAUCAAACAAAGAAUGAAGAGAAGGUUUCGUUGUCUGGAUCUCCAGAGGGACCUCUGGUUGCCCUGGCAUUUAAACUAGAAGAGGGAAGAUUCGGACAGUUGACUUACUUACGUAUUUAUGAAGGUACAAUACGAAGAGGAGAUUUCAUGAUUAACAUUCAGAGUGGCAAGAGGAUUAAAGUUCCUCGCCUUGUGCGGAUGCAUGCUGAUGAUAUGGAGGAUAUUCAAAAAGCACAUGCUGGAGAAAUCGUAGCUGUAUUUGGAGUGGACUGUGCAUCAGGUGACACAUUUACUGAUGGUUCUGUAAAGUACACUAUGACAUCUAUGAAUGUUCCUGAGCCAGUAAUGUCUCUAGCAAUUGCACCUGCAUCCAAGGACAUGGGAGGACAAUUCUCAAAAGCUUUGAAUCGAUUUCAAAGAGAAGACCCAACAUUUCGAGUUGGCUUAGAUCGAGACAGUGGUCAGACAAUUAUUUCUGGCAUGGGAGAGCUCCAUUUGGACAUUUAUGUGGAACGCAUUAAAAGGGAAUAUAAAGUUGAAGCUGUAGUUGGGAAACCGCAAGUCAACUUUCGUGAGACUAUCACGCAACGUGCUGAAUUUGAUUAUCUUCAUAAGAAACAAAGUGGCGGUCAAGGUCAAUAUGGAAGGGUUAUUGGGUAUAUUGAACCAUUAACGGAAGGCUCUGACCCAAAAUUCCAAUUUGAAAAUAUGAUGAUUGGACAAGCAAUACCUUCGGGAUUUAUCCCAGCCAUUGAGAAAGGGUUUAAAGAAGCUUGCAACUCAGGUUCAUUGAUUGGUCAUCCGGUUGAGAAUAUAAGGGUGGUCUUGACAGAUGGGGCAGCCCAUGCUGUAGAUUCUAGUGAACUUGCUUUCAAGCUUGCAGCAUUAUAUGCAUUCAGACUGUGUUAUCCAAAAGCAAAGCCAGCGAUACUGGAGCCUAUAAUGCUCAUAGAGCUAAAGGCUCCUUCAGAAUUUCAAGGUCCAAUUACUGGUGACAUCAACAGGAGAAAAGGUAUGAUAAUGGGUAAUGACCAGGAGGGAGAUGACUGCAUAUUAACUGCUCAUGUACCUUUGAACAAUAUGUUUGGUUAUUCAACGGCACUCCGGUCCAUGACACAGGGAAAAGGUGAAUUUACUAUGGAAUAUCGGGAACAUGCUCCAGUCACUCAAGAUGUGCAGAUGCAACUAAUGAAUAAUUACAAGAAAACAAAAGCAGCUGAGUAACUGAGGUCUGAAGAUGGGAUCAAGCAAAUUUCAGUGGCUCUUUUUGGUGGUGCAAGGAUUUUAUCUUCUGGAAUUUUUCAUAUAUUGCCGUCCAAAGUGAAUACACUGUUGAUCUACUUGCUGGACAUAAAUACGAGAAGAGAGUUGGUGGCAUGGUGCAUUUUAAAAAAAUAAUUUAUAUAGAUUGAUGAUUAGUUUUAUUCAAGGGAAUGGCAAAGCAUUCGCUUUUAUAUCAUAUGAGCAUUUGAUGCUGGCAAUAAAUCAUUUGGUUUACCAGAAAUAAAUAUAAUAAUUCUUGAAUUUGUAGCGGUUACAUUGUACACAAGAAGUUUUGAUCAAUAUAAUUAGUUGCUGUUUAGCACUUAAUGA